AUGCACAACAACAAAAAUCACCAUUACCGGCGGAGGAGCCCGCCGGUAAUACAUGGUAUAUCCGCCGGUAUUUGUUAUUACCGGCGGAAAUCCGCCGGUAAAGUCCCGCCAUUAAUAAACGGUCGGUAUUAUCACCAUUACCGACCGUUUGACACUACCCGCCGGUAUUGCACUAUUACCGGCGGAUUAAUAGAGGCGGGCGUCCGCCGGUGUUGUGCAACGCUGACACCGUUUGACCGGAUUAUUACCGGCGGGUUCAUCAUGAGAACUCAUAUUUUUCCUUUCCUCAAUAUUUUACUUCCUCUUUCCUUCUCUUUCAUCCUCUCAACUUUCCAUCUCUCCCUAGUAGCUUCUUCUUCUUCAAAUCUCAUCCAAGGCACCUGCAAAAAGUGUUCCGACACCGACCCAAAUCUCAGUUACAACUUUUGCACAGUCUCCUUCGAGUCUUCUCCCGACGGUCGCCGGUGCGCCGAUCUCCGAGACUUGGGUCUCGUCUCGAUAAGAUUGACCAAAAACAACGUGACUUCUACUAGGCAUUUCAUAAAACACCUUCUCCACAAUGACAAUAAUAAGAAGAAAUUGGACCCUUAUGUGAAGGCUUGCUUGAGAGACUGUAUGGAGCUGUUUAAUGAUGCGGUGUUGACAAUCAAAGUGGCUGUGAAGGAUUACAAGGCGAAGCGAUACGAUGACGCGAAUAUAGGUUUGAGUUCGGUGAUUGACGCUUCAUCGACGUGUGAGGAUGGGUUUAAGGAGACCGAUGAAACCAAAAAGCACGUUGUUUCGCCUUUGUCGAAGAGAAUGUAUUACCGGCGGGUCUCCGCCGGUAAUACAUACAUCACCGGCGGGGUCCGCCGGUAUUACUCCGCCGGUAAUACAGCAUCGGCGGAGGUCCGCCGGUAUUACUCCGCCGGUAAUACAGCAUCGGCGGACGUCCGCCGGUAUUACUCCGCCGGUUAUACAGCAUCGGCGGAGGUCCGCCGGUAUUUCACCGCCGGUCUUAAACUAUUACCGGCGGGUUCCGCCGGUAUUACCAUAACCCGCUACCCCGGCCCGCCGCUAUAUCCCUUAUCCCGCCGGUAA